AGAUACAAAGAUACUGGUACUUGGAGCAGGCAUAUCAGGAAUUACAGCAGCUAAAACAUUGUACGAUCAUGGAUACAAAAAUAUUCAAAUGCUUGAAGGUUCAAAUAGAGUUGGUGGUAGGAUGAAAGCAUUCGAAUUAUCUGGAUAUACGCUGGAAGUAGGUGCACAAUGGAUCUAUGGAUUGGGACUCAACCCCAUUGUAACAAUAGCCAAUGAGUAUGGUCUUGAUUUUGUUGAGGAAGAAGACACUUGGACAUUUCGAGACAAAAAUGGGAACGAUCUUACAGAUGAUGGUGAUGCGGAAUACGAGUUAUAUGAAGAAGUAAUAGAAAAACUCGAUAACGCAACAAGAAGGUUAAGAUGUGAAAAUACCGGUGAUUUUACUUCACAAGCAGGGUUACGAAUUUAUGGUUGGGAUGCGAUAAAUAAUAUUGCAGAAACGGUUGAGUUUUUUGAAAAUGAUUUUGAAAAUGGUAUAGAAUCUGCGGCAGUGUCUGGAAAAUUUUUGUAUCCUUUUGAAGUGUUUCGUGAGCAUCAAAAUGAUGAGUGGCAUCUUGUGAACGACCCAAGGGGCUACUCAUAUAUAGUUGAGAAGCUUAAAGACAGCUUCAUUACUGACAGUGACAACAUCUUGAUGUUGAAUAAAAUCGUGACAGAAAUUGAGAAUUGGAACGGCGACAAUUCGGAAGUUCUUGUACAUACGGAAGAUGGUUCAAUCUAUGAGGCAGAUUUUGUCAUCUUAACAUUUAGUCUUGGUGUUCUUCAAUCAGAAAAAGUUCUGUUUAAUCCUCCAUUACCAAAAUGGAAAACGAAUGCAAUCCAUAAGUUUGGGUUUGCGCAGUAUAUUAUUUUGUAUUUGGAAUUUGGCACAACAUUCUGGGAUGACACCCAAGCCAUUUUGUAUGUCCAAGAUAGGAGAGGGUUUUUUACUGCUUGGUUAAAUAUGAACACAUUGUUUCCUGACAGCAAUAUUCUGCAAGUCUCAAUGGUUGGGUCAGAAGCAAAAGCUGCAAAUCGUAUGUCAGACGACGAAUUAGUUUCUGAAGCAGUUAAAGUUUUACGUAACAUGUAUCCGAACGAGACAGUACCCGAACCUAGAAACUUCACAACCUUUCGAUGGCUUUCAGAUCCACUUACAAUGGGAAGUUUCAGCUACUGGACCCCGGCUUUUACACUGGAGGACAUGGACGAUCUUAUGCUACAAACUGGAAAUCUAUAUUACGCAGGAGAACACUUAAAUAAAACAAAUCACGGAUAUGUUCACAGUGCUUACACUUCCGGUAUAAAUACAGCACUUGAUUUGAUUACAUGUAUUGAAGACGCCAGCAAAUGCAAUGGUCUUCAUAACAGAAAAUAUGCAGCGGAUCAUUCUAAAGAUUGCGAAUAA